AUGGCUCUCAGCAGGAUCGUCAUGCAGCUGCAGUGGCGGCCAUUUUUCAUAGCAGUUGCAUCGUUUCUUUUGCAUUUGACUAAAGCAAUGGGGGACGAUUGGGAAGAGAAAGUGGGAGGCGGCGUUUAUCCUGCAGUUGAGUAUGUUGCCAACGAGCCCAACAAGACCUACAAUAUCCCAGUGGAGCUAAAUGAUGAACCGUUGGUUUUAAUUCAAUGGUCAACUGACGUGAGCCGCCGCCGCCGUGAGUUCCAAUACUCCUUCCCCCCAGGUAUUCUUGUAGUUGCACUAUUAAUGGCUGCCGGAGCAUUUUUCUUGUGGAGUACAAAGCGCGGAGCUUUAACACAUCGGGGAGAAGUACCCAGUGAUGCAAAUGCAACUGAUAAAGCUGUAAGUCCCGAGUAUAUUGAGGACUGUCUUUCGGGUUACCACGGCGUGGGACAAGACAGUUGCUCCGUUCUUCAGUCCGUUUUGAGGAAGCUCUCGGCAGACCUGCAAAGCGCCAUGCGUGAAACCCAUGAGAAGGAAAGCCUCGCAAGGGCCUUGUUGGACAAGGAAAACACAGAGGUAACGAUCAAUAUGGCUAACACUAUUUCUUCUCUUUCGGAAGCCAGUGCCAAGUUAGCAGCCCCGGCAAAGGCUAUAACCAACACACUAGAGAUAUUACAGCGUCCGCUUUCGGACAGCCAGGCGACUUUUCAUCUAAACGGGGCAUUGGAAGAGCUUCAAGCUGCCAUACAGAAUCCCCUUUACGAUAUGAAGCUAAAGGAUGAGCUUAAUCUUGCCCUAGAGUAUCUCAAACGUGUUGGCGAGGAGCCGGCAUCUGAAACAAGCCUUCCCCAGAUGAAAAAUCUGCUAGGCGAGCAGCAGGACUUUGCCGAACAAAGUAACAGAACGACACUUGAGAUGGUUGUUCAGUGUACAGCUUGGCUCGAAGCCUUGUUCCGCCAACAGCACACGCUUCUAGAGGCAGUGCCUAUCGUUUCCAAAGCAGUCGAAAAUGUACGGACACAGUACGAUUUUUUACUCUAA